AUGUCGAACUCUAACUUGGCAUCUCUCCCUCCUUCUAUGCUUCACAAGAUUCUCUCUAAGGUAGCAACAAACAAUUUCCGGGACUUCGGUAGUGCAAGAGUUGCAUUACCCGCCUUCAAUCAAAUUGGCAGAGAAGAAUACUUCUACAAAUCUACAGAUCUUAUUCACUUCAAUGAUUGGAUUGAUGAGUUUAAUGCUGUCAGAACAUACAGUCUUAAGAGCUACCAAGCCGGUAAUCCACAGGCCAUCUACAUGCGAGGUAUGUAUGAGUUCUUCGUCCUCCAUUUACUUGAUCAAGGAAGGGAAAAAAUUCGACUUGCUGGUGAGAAGGGAUUUAUGUUGGCCAAGUACGAUGAUAUGCAUAACUUAGCAUUUAGUGAUGAUGAUAGAGGACUGGUUCACAACUUUCCUACCUUUACACGUGAGUUUGCUGAUCAGAUGAAUCAUAUGCUCGCUACUGAGAUGGAUCAAGAACACAGUGGAAAUGCAAUCGUUGUUUGUGGCAAUGUGCAGUUUGGGAAUUCUGCAAUGAUAUUCAUUUGA